AUGAAAGAGAAGACAUAGUACACUUAAAUUUUUUAUGACAGUUCAGUGAAAAGACAAGGAAUAAGGAAAAAUCCUUGAGGACAUAGGGAAAACAAUGUCUGUACUUCAAUUGAUUGAUUUGUGGGUUAGAAAAUUACACCAAAAUUCUUAUUGCUUUUAUGAAUGGGGAAAAAAAGACUAAAUCCAUACAAACUUUGUAUUUGGUUCCUGCUGUAAAUACAGCUUAAAUACUUUAAGCAACUUAAUCUCUCAGACUUAGUUGACUCAUCUGUAAGGUGGAAUAGUAAUUCUUUACAGUUUUGCCACUGAUAAAAUGAGGUAGCAAUCAGAAAUGUCUGGUAAGUUUAGCACUUAAUGAAGUAUGUCUUAUUCCAGAUCAUGUACUAUGAACUAGUGGGCCUUAAUAAUUAAAACAAAUUGUUAUUCUUUACUUUAAUCAUAAUUUCUUUUUCCACCCCCCUUCCCAGCGAUGUGGAGUGGUCUCUUCACUCACUUAACAGAAUCUUGGAACAAUUUUAAGGGUCUAGAUCCAAAUUACACAACAUGGAUGGAUGUCAUGAAGAAGCAUGGCUACCAAACACAAAAAUUUGGGAAACUAGACUAUACUUCAGGACACCACUCCAUUAGUAAUCGUGUGGAAGCAUGGACAAGAGAUGUUGCUUUCUUACUCAGACAAGAAGGCAGGCCAAUGGUUAAUCUUAUUCCUAAUAAAACGAAAGUAAGAGUGAUGGAAGAGGAUUGGAAGAAUACAGACAAAGCAAUAAGCUGGUUAAGAAAUGAAGCAAUUAAUUACACUAAACCAUUUGUCCUUUACUUGGGGUUAAAUUUACCACACCCGUACCCUUCACCAUCUUCAGGAGAAAACUUUGGAUCUUCAACAUUUCACACAUCUCUUUAUUGGCUUGAAAAAGUAUCUUAUGAUGCCAUCAAAAUCCCAAAGUGGUUGCCUUUGUCAGAAAUGCACCCUGUAGAUUAUUACUCUUCUUAUACAAAAAACUGUUCUGGGAAGUUUACGGACAAAGAAAUUAAGAAUAUUAGAGCAUUUUAUUACGCUAUGUGUGCUGAGACAGAUGCAAUGCUUGGAGAAAUUAUUUUGGCUCUUCGCCAGUUAAAUCUUCUUCAGAAAACUAUUAUCAUAUACACUUCAGACCAUGGAGAGCUGGCCAUGGAACAUCGACAGUUUUAUAAAAUGAGUAUGUAUGAAGCCAGUGCCCAUGUACCACUUUUGAUAAUGGGACCAGGAAUUAAGGCCAACCUACAAGUAUCAAAUAUGGUUUCCCUUGUGGAUAUUUACCCAACUAUGCUUGGUAUUGCUGGAGUUCCUCUGCUGCAGAACCUGAGUGGAUACUCUUUGUUGCCAUUAUCAUCAGAAACAUUUAAGAGUGAACAUAAACUCAAAAGCCUACGUCAGCCCUGGAUUCUGAGUGAAUUCCAUGGAUGCAACGUGAAUGCUUCCACCUACAUGCUUCGAACCAACCAGUGGAAGUACAUAGCCUACUCUGAUGGUGCUUCAGUACUGCCUCAACUCUUUGAUCUUUCCUCGGAUCCAGAUGAACUAACAAAUAUUGCUACAAAAUUUCCUGACAUUACUUACUCUUUGGACCAGAAACUUCGUUCCAUUAUAAAUUACCCAAAAGUUUCUGCUUCUGUCCACCAAUACAAUAAAGAGCAGUUUAUCAUGUGGCAACAAAGCAUAGGACAAAAUUAUUCAAAUGUUAUAGCAAACCUUAGGUGGCAUCAGGAGUGGCUGGAGAAACCAAAGAAGUAUGAAAGUGCUAUCGAUCAAUGGCUUAAAACCCACAAUGCUCCAAAAACAGUUUGAACAAAAAUAAGAAAAUAAUGUUCUGGAGCUGCAUAUAAAUAUGUUUAUAUUUAUUUUAAAUGAAAGUUUUAGUAAUUGC